CCUUACAAUAGUAUAGACCCACCACAAAUAGUUAGGACAAAUUUCCUCCUAAUAGAUCACCCUUCACUCUCUCUUCCAACCCUCUCUCCUUUAUCUCAUAAGGUCCAAAAACACCACAAGAGAUCAUGAGUGGCUGCACUAAUAGCACCAGUGGCAGCAGUAGCGGCGGCGGUGGUGGUGGUGGUGCAAGCGGUGGUGCAAGUGGUGGUGGUGGUGUAGGAGGAGGAGGAGGAGGACCUUGUGGUGCAUGUAAGUUUCUAAGAAGAAAGUGUGUGAACGGAUGCAUCUUUGCACCAUACUUUGAUUCAGAGCAAGGAGCAGCUCACUUUGCAGCAGUGCACAAGGUCUUUGGCGCUAGCAAUGUCUCCAAGCUUCUUCUCCAUAUUCCAGCACACAAACGCCUCGACGCUGUUGUUACAAUCUGUUUCGAAGCACAGGCCCGUCUCCGUGAUCCUGUUUAUGGUUGUGUCGCACAUAUCUUUGAUCUCCAACAACAGGUGGUGAAUCUUCAAGCAGAGUUGUCAUAUUUGCAAGCGCACUUAGCUACAUUGGAGCUACCUUCACCUCCACCGCCACCGCCGCCACCACCGUUGCUUGCUCCAUCACCUUUCUCAAUAUCAGACCUUCCUUUCACGUCUAGUCCGCCGACAACUCUAGACUUGUCAACACUGUUUGAUCCAUUGAACCAACCACAAUUGGCAUCACAGCCGGUGCAGCAGCAUGGAAGUAGCAGAGAUAGAAGUAGUCUUGCUGAUCAGAUCAGCUCUGGAGGAGGUGAUCUUCAAGCAUUAGCUAGAGAAUUACUUCAUAGACAUCAUCAUCAUCAUCAUCAUCAGCAUGCAGCUUCUAGCCAGUCAGAGCCUGCAUCAUCUCUACCAAAGUGAUCAUGUUCACAUUAAUGUUGUUGUUGUUGUCACAGUUGGUCACUGUUUCAUUUGCUGAGAUAGAUAGAAAGAAAGGCUUUUAUAUAUAAUCUUUCAGUUUGUAAUCUAUCUUUUUGAUGAGGAUUGAUGUAGCUGGUCAUUUUGAUCCUGAGCAUGCAUUGGUUCUUUUUUUGAUGUUAUUAAGCCAGCAAUCAUUCCCUGGUCUUGUAUUCAUUAAUGAGGAUGAACAGGUACGCCAGUACUUUGAAG